AAAGUGAAAGAAGAAGAAGCUGCCAUAUUGCAGUGAUACAGCGAGUUUACAGACCAAAUCUUGAGAAUACUCUGUAAGUUUCUGUGAUCGUAGAAACGAUGCUCUCAACGCAGGCUUUCGCAGACAACGGGAAGAUGAAAGAUUAUCACUACACCGGGCCAGUGGAGCACCGCUUCUCGCCGUACGCUUUCAACGGAGGGACUGUACUAGCUGUUGCUGGGGAAGACUUCGCCAUCGUAGCCUCAGACACCCGUCUCAGCGAAGGCUACUCGAUCCACAGCCGUGACUCCCCAAAAUGCUACAAGCUGACAGACACCACCGUCAUUGGCUGCAGUGGUUUCCACGGCGACUGCCUGACUCUGACUAAAAUCAUUGAUGCCAGACUAAAGAUGUACAAACACUCGAAUAACAAGACGAUGACCAGUGGAGCCGUAGCAGCCAUGCUGUCCACCAUCCUGUACAGCAGGAGGUUCUUCCCCUACUACGUCUACAACAUCAUUGGAGGACUCGAUGAGGAGGGCAGGGGAGCAGUGUAUAGCUUUGACCCAGUGGGCUCCUACCAGAGAGACACCUACAAGGCGGGAGGAUCAGCCAGUGCCAUGCUGCAGCCACUACUAGAUAACCAGAUUGGAUUUAAGAACAUGGAGGGUGUGCAGCACGUUCCUCUGACUCAGGAAAAGGCGACCCAGCUGGUAAAAGACGUCUUCAUCUCAGCUGCAGAAAGAGACGUCUACACCGGAGACGCUCUCCGGCUCUGUAUCGUCACCAAGGAGGGCAUCAAAGAAGAGACAAUCUCACUGAGGAAGGACUGAGGAGGGAUAGACUAAACUCCCUUUUUCACUGCUUCCCCCUUUUCUUUCUAUUUCCCCAUUUCCUCCUGUUGGUUUUGCCUCUAUGCACCAAGUCUUAGAAUAGGAGUGUUUAUCUGAGACCAGUUUUCAGCUCCCUCGCAAGUUUAUUAUCAUGGGUAUUUUUGUUGAGCAGAGGACACAAUCUGUUCAGCUAGUGCCACCAAGCUGAUAAUCCAGCACCUUGCCAUCCAAGGAAAGUCAUCACAAAGUUGCCCAGAAUGUUUAUUGUACUCCCAAUUUUGCUUGUGAGUGACGAUGAAUUCCCCUCUCUUUCUUUCCUUCUAGACUUGGUUGCAUAUGCGUGAUGUAUUUCAGAAAAGAGGUCAUCUUUGUCUGAGCACUUGGGUUAAUGUGGGCCUGUCAUGGUCAUGUGACCUAACCAGGUAAUUCAGAACAGUACAGAACAGAAUACAUAAGAAACUGAAUCUGAGUUGAAUUCAAUUUCUAUGUACUCAUCUUAAUCUGUAGGAACCUUGAGCUGAAGGAACUUGAAUAGGUUUUUAAUUUGAUUAAAAUAUUAAUGCUACUCUUGACAGGUUAAUCAGACACACCUCAAAUACAUAAACAUUGGGGGAAAGAGUUUUUUUUCCCCCUUUUUUUUCUGAAUUCCCCCCCGACCUCUCAGUCCCUCUGUCUCCGCCUCUGGACCCGGCCUUUGUUUGGAAUUAAAAUUUUCAAAAACGAUAUAUACUUUGCUGUUCUUUUUAUAUUCUUAUUAAAGAAUAGAAUAAAACAAGUUUGCUGAAGUUGU